AUGUCAGUCAAGCGCAAAGCCGCGGCCGCCGCAAUCGACGCGUCCAAGAAGCCCAAAGUGAACAGCAGCAUCACUGCCUUCUUCGGCGCGCCCAAACCCUCGCCCAAUGCCUCUGCCAAAUCCGGCCCAGCUGCGAAAUUCAACAAGGACGCGUGGGUCGCGGGUCUCGACGCCGAGCAGAAAGAAUUGCUGCAAUUAGAGCUCGACACGCUGCAUGAGAGCUGGCUGCCGCACCUCAAGGAUGUCCUCGUCAAUCCGCAGUUUCUCGAACUCAAGAGGUUUCUGAAGAAGGAGUUGAGUAGUGGGAAGAUUGUGUAUCCGCCCAUGGAAGAUGUAUACUCUUGGUCCAGACACACGCCCCUCAACACCGUCAAAGUCGUUAUUACAGGCCAAGAUCCCUACCACGGCCCCCGACAAGCACACGGUCUCUGCUUCUCCAUUCGCCCACCUACACCUGCGCCCCCUUCCCUCCAAAACAUAUACAAGGCGCUCAAGAAGGACUAUCCCGACUACCAACCUCCUCCCAACAAGAGUGGACUCCUGACCCCAUGGGCCGAGCGCGGUGUUCUCUUGUUGAACACAUGUCUGACAGUUCGCAAGGGCGAGGCAAACUCGCACGCUGGAAAGGGGUGGGAGCUACUUACCCAAAAGGUCAUUGACACCGUCGUCAGGGUGCGAACAAACGGUGUCGUAUUUCUUGCCUGGGGUACGCCGGCGCAGAAGCGGACGGCCGGCAUACCCGUGGACAAGCAUUUGAUUCUGAAGAGUGUGCAUCCUAGUCCGCUGAGUGCUGCGAGGGGAUUUUUUGACUGCCACCACUUUACAAAGUGCAAUGAGUGGCUUGUCCAGCGCUACGGCAAGGACGGUGGUAUCGACUGGAAUCUCAAUGUCGAGGGGCCCGCGAAUUCAACCGAGGACAAGAAGGUAGCGCAGCCCGUAGCACCAGUAGCAAAACCUGCACAGCCUGCAGCAAAACCCAAGAAGCCAAUUGCAGAUGAUGAGGUUGAUCCGGAUCUCGAGCUCUCAGAUGUCGAGUUUUCGGAUGACGAAGGUGCAAAGGAGAAUACUACACCCAAGAGUGCCGAGGCGAAGAGCGAGGCGGAUUUGGUAGCGAACGAGGGUGAGACGGCCGAGGCGAAGAUUGACGAGGAGGCAGUGGCAAAGGAAGAUGCAGUCGUGGGAGCAAAAGAGGACGAGAAAACAGAGUCAAAAGCUGACGAAGGAUCAGAGUCCAAAAUGGACGAAAAGCCUGACCUCUAA